CCGAGCCCCCGGGAAAAGCGAGCCGCCGGUGCGCUCUGCAAGCCAGACUAAACAGCUCGCAAUGCUGGCUCCCUUUCUGCUGACCCUCGCCUCCUCCCUCCUCCUGCAGGUCCGGGGGCAACCCUCGCCCAGCUUCUCCCGCAGCCUGAGGAGGGACGGCCGCUGCAUUUACUCGUUCAGCGUGGCCGGGCCGCCCGAGGACGCCUGCUCGGAGCCCGGGGAGGCGCUGGAGGCGGUGAGGGAGCUGCGGAGUGACCGGGAGAGCCAGCGGCGGGAGCUGACCGAGCUCGGCGACCGCCUGCGCCUCCUGGAGGGCUGGGUGGCCCGCUCCCUGGGCCAGCACCAGGAGCAGGAGCAAGACCGGGGGAACAGCCUGCACCUCCUGCGGAGGCUGCAGGAGCUGGAGCAGGAGAACAAGCAGCUCCGAGCCGCUCAGUGCCCGCACGCUGCCCGGGGCUCACAGCAAGGUCGGGGCAGAGAGAAUCUGUCCAGCUUACCCUCUCGCCAGGGAACGCAGCCUGAUGUACGUGCGUCCAACUGGAGCUUCGAAAAUCGUGGGUUCCAAGAGCUGAAGUCGGAGAUCACGGAGGUGCCAGCCUCCAGGUUGAGACAGGGGAGCGAUCCCAGCGGCCGGGACCCAGCGCCGCACAGUCCAGCAGGUUGUGGAAUGCUAGAAUGGGUAGGAGAUCCAGUUACAUUCCAAAAGGCUGACACCAUCUUGGGCAAGUAUGGAGUUUGGAUGAAAGAUCCUGAGCCUGUCCCACUUCACACCAGGGACACUAUCUGGAGAAUGAACGCAGUUGGCACAGAAGUUCGGUUGCUAUACGAAUACCGUGACCUGGAUCAAUUCAUGAAGGGCCACCCCAGCAAAGUUUACAUGUUACCAGAACCAGUGGAAAGCACAGGAAGUGUGAUUUACAGGGGCUGCCUGUACUACCAGCAACGCAAAUCAAGGACCUUACUGAGAUAUGAAAUGAAAACUGAGACCGUUUUAGUUCAAAGGGACUUACCAAAUGCAGGUUUUCAAGGAAUGUACCCAUACUCCUGGGGUGGCUACACAGACAUCGAUUUUGCUGUAGAUGAGAUGGGGCUUUGGGUAACCUAUAGUACCAACCAGGCUCAAGGAGCCAUUGUAAUUUCCAAAUUGAAUCCAAAAACCCUGCAAACCGAACAAACGUGGACAACAACUAUACGCAGAAGAUCAGUUGCUAAUUCUUUCAUGAUCUGUGGAAUUCUCUACACUCUAAACAGUUAUUCCAAUCGCCAGGCCAUAAUCAAUUUUGCCUACAACACUAACACAAACAGCAGCAAGGUGAUGAAUAUCCCAUUUGAGAACCGCUAUCGAUACAACUGCAUGACUGAUUACAACCCAGCAGAAAAGAAAAUCCUAGCAUGGGACAAUUUCAAUAUGGUCAUGUAUGACAUUAGGCUUUCCAAAUUAUGAAGACCCUCAAGAAUAUCUUUGCAGAGGGAACUAAUAACUUUUUAACAAGUGUAUGUAUAGAUAAUGGCUAGUUACAACACAAGCAAUUUGAGCAUUAACCUCGAGCACAGAAGACAAACUUGUGAACCAUAUAUUAAACGAUAAAAGUUUGAACAGCUGUGAUCAGAUUAUGCUAGAUUUGAUUAAUUCUUGGAAAUCUAUAAAGUGAUUGUUCGAUUAUGCAUAAAUAAAACACUCAUUCUUGACUAGAGUCUCACUGCAAACCAACCUGAGCAUAUAACAACUGAGAGCAGGAUAUUUGUUUAAAAUGCAGCUCAAUUGCAUGACUGUUAAAACUUGAGUAGGGAAAGAUCUGAAAGAAUCAAUAUUUGCUGAGAAAACUCAGUCCAAUCAAGUUGCUUAAUUUCUUUGUGAGCGCAUGUAUGAAAUUGAAGACUUGAAUUCCCAAAAUAAAAAAAAUUAUUUUUUUUUAAGUUAACAUCUUUUAUAAUCUUGUUUUAGCCAUCUCCAGAGCAAAAAAAAUUAAACUUAAUAAACCGUAUUCCCAAAGCAUUAUAAUAAACAAUAUUUUUCAAAAAAUUAAAGUGUAGCAUUUUGAUAAGAUACAAGGAAAACCAAGGUGGAUUGAGACAGAAAAUUAAGAUGCAUUUACAUUACGGUGUUUCAAGCUGGACUGGGUAUUCUUGGAUUGAGCUAGGAAUUAAUUUAAUUGCCAGAGGAAAGAUACGUAUAAAAUUUAAAAAAGGCCGUAUUUGUGUACCAAAUGCAUCAUCAUUUUCCAAGUACCAGCACUGGAUUUUCUAUUUACCUUUAUAAAAUUUAACAAAUAAAGUUGGUAUAAACUUUUA